AUGUUCCCUUCUUUACCUAUUUACUUAAAAGGACACUCACUUGGUGGUUUAGUUGUUUUAUCUUGCGGUUUAUUCCAUUCUGAAGAGCUAAUUAACAACAACAUCAAAGGAAUUAUUGCUAUAGCUCCAUACAUCUCAAGUUGCCCGAAGAUACCAAUUACUUUAUACGAAUCUGUUUUUAUUUAUUUAACCAGUAUAUUUGCUCCAUUAAUGAAAUUACCAACAGGAAAGACUACAUAUCCUGAUGACAUUCCAAGGCAAUUCGCUGACUGGAUCCUUUCACACGCUCGUGCAAAAGAUUACAUAACUCCAAGACUUCUCGCUUCAUGCCUCCAACAAAUAUCAAAAGUACUUCCAGCAGCUGAGAAGUGGCCAGAGUCAAUUCCACUUCUAUUUACUCAAGGAAUGAAAGAUGAUAUGGUUGAUCCAUACAUUAAUUUGGACUGGGCCUGCAGAGUUCUUAAGGUUCAUCCAGAUAAAAUUGAAAUUCAUACAUACGAAAAGGCAACUCAUCAAAUAACAAGAUGCCCUUACCGCGGAGAACAAUUCCGCCAUAUAUUUAACUGGAUAUCCACAUUAGAAAGCAAAUAA